AAGGGUAAACACGGACCCUAGAAAUCAUCUGCCAGGAAGAAUGAAUUGCAAGAUUUCGCACUAAAGUGAACACAGGUGUUCAUUCAUUCUGACGGAGGGGGGCUCACCGAGUCAGCGUACAAGUUACCUGGAGAAAGAGAUGGAUGCAGAGGCUGAAGAUAAAACGCUUCGUACCCGUGCAAAAGGAACCAAGGUAGCACCAAUGGAUUCUCUAAUCCAGGAGCUGAGCGCUGCACACGAUUGCACCACGGCCAAGAAGAGGAGAGCCGGGGAGCAGGCUUUGGGGGUCCCGGUCAACAAGAGAAAGUCCCUGCUCAUGAAGCCCCGACACUACAGCCCCAGCGUGGACUGUGAGGAGGGGCGUGCAGACCAGACGGAGGCGGAGGGGCCGGAUGAUUGCCUGGAAACCAACCAUCACCCCAGCACAGAAAUCAUGAUAAAACCCAUGGAAGAGAAGUUUCAUUCAACCGCACAAGAAAACUCAGAUGGGAAGGAAGACAGAUACGGCUGUUAUCAGGAACUCGUGGCCAAAUCCCUAAUGCACUUGGGGACCCUGGAAAAAAGUGCAUCUGUUCAGACUAUAAGUGAAAAUUUAAACGACAGCGGCAUCCAGUCUCUAAAAGCAGAGGGGGACGAAGUGGACGAGUGCUUUAUGGUUCCUUCCGAUGAUGGAAAAGACAAGGCCGACAGCUCCCAGCUGCGGUUCUCUCCCUCCUCCGACAGCGACAGUAACUCUGAAAGUGCGGAGAAUGGCUGGGACAGUGGCUCCAACUUCUCAGAAGAAACCAAACCUCCAAGGGCCCCAAAGUAUGUUUUAGUGGAUGAUAGGAAAGACCUACUGGAAGUUCCUGAAAUAAAAACUGAAGGCAACAAGUUUAUCUCCUGCAAAAAUGCGUGUGAUUCAGAAACAGAAAGGAAAGACCCUCAGAACACCCCAUUGGACCCAUCAGAUGGCCCAGCCCAGCCCUCUUUUCCAGGGAGUGAGGACCGCGGUCACGGUCGUGGGUGUCCGGCCACCAGGACGGAGGAGGCCGCUGCCCUGGAGAAAGCCAAGGGGAACCUGAGUCUGCUGGAGCAGGCGAUCGCCCUGCAGGCUGAGCGAGGCUGCGUCUUCCACAACACCUACAAAGAGCUGGACCGCUUUCUGCUGGAGCAUCUCUCGGGGGAGAGGAGGCAAACCAAAGUCAUCGACAUGGGUGGAAGACAAGUCUUUCCCAAUAAACACUCGCCGAGGCCUGAGAAGAGAGAGACCAAGUGCCCCAUCCCUGGAUGCGACGGCACGGGGCAUGUGACGGGACUGUACCCCCACCACCGCAGCCUCUCGGGGUGCCCCCACAAAGUGCGGGUCCCCCUGGAGAUUCUUGCCAUGCAUGAAAAUGUGCUCAAGUGCCCCACCCCGGGAUGCACGGGACGAGGGCAUGUGAAUAGCAACCGCAACACACACAGGAGUCUUUCUGGUUGUCCAAUUGCUGCAGCUGAAAAACUGGCAAUGUCCCAGGACAAAAGUCAGCUUGAUUCUCCCAAAACCGGACAGUGUCCUGAGCAGGGUCACAGGACGAGCUUGGUGAAGCAAAUCGAAUUCAACUUCCGAUCACAAGCCAUCACCUCUCCCAGAGCCACGGUGUCAAAAGAGCAAGAGAAGUUUGGAAAAGUACCCUUUGAUUACGCCAGUUUCGAUGCCCAGGUUUUUGGUAAACGCCCCCUUGUACAAACAGGUCGGAAAACACCACCAUUUCCUGAAUCGAAGCAUUUUUCCAGUCCAGGGAAAUUUCCCCCCCGGCUGCCGAGUGCAGGCGCCCACACACAGAGCCCAGGGCGUGCCAGCUCCUACGGCUGCGGCCAGCGCAGUGAAGACACCCACAUCGCAGCAGCUGCGGCCAUCCUGAACCUGUCCACCCGCUGCCGGGAAGCCGCCGACAUCCUCGCCAACAGACAGCAGGGUCCGCACGCCAAGGGGGCCGAGAUAGAAGUGGAUGAGAAUGGCACGUUGGACUUAAGCAUGAAAAAAGCUCGAAUCCUGGACAAAGCCGCACCCCUAACUUCCACUAAUCCUUCUGUUCCAACCGCUUCCUCUUCCCCAUUCAAGACCAGCAGCCUUCUGGUGAAUGCCGCCUUCUACCAGGCCCUGUGUGACCACGAGGGCUGGGAUGCUCCCAUCAACUAUAGCAAAGCCCACGGGAAGACGGAGGAGGAGAAAGAGAAAGACCCAGUGAGCUCUCUAGAAAAUUUAGAGGAAAAGAAGUUCUCUGGAGAGGCCUCUAUACCAAGCCCUAAACCCAAGCUCCACACCAGAGAUCUCAAGAAAGAACUCAUCACCUGUCCAACACCAGGAUGCGAUGGGAGUGGCCACGUCACGGGCAACUACGCAUCUCACCGCAGUGUUUCUGGAUGCCCCCUGGCAGAUAAGACCCUGAAAUCCCUCAUGGCAGCCAACUCUCAGGAGCUCAAGUGUCCUACCCCAGGCUGCGACGGUUCAGGGCAUGUGACCGGAAACUAUGCCUCCCACCGCAGCCUGUCCGGCUGCCCUCGGGCCAGAAAAGGUGGUGUCAAGGUGACUCCUACGAAGGAAGAAAAGGAAGACCCUGAACUCAAAUGCCCUGUGAUUGGGUGUGAUGGCCAAGGUCAUAUAUCAGGUAAAUAUACAUCCCACCGCACGGCAUCUGGAUGUCCCCUGGCUGCCAAGAGACAGAAGGAGAACCCGCUCAAUGGGGCACCCCUCUCCUGGAAACUGAACAAACAGGAGCUUCCUCACUGCCCCCUGCCAGGCUGCAAUGGGCUGGGCCAUGUCAACAACGUGUUCGUCACCCACAGGAGCUUGUCCGGAUGUCCUCUCAAUGCACAAGCCAUCAAGAAGGGCAAGGUCUCUGAAGAACUAAUGACCAUCAAGGUCAAAGCAUCUGGAGGUAUAGAGAGUGAUGAAGAAAUUAGGCAUUUGGAUGAAGAAAUAAAGGAACUCAAUGAGUCCAACCUUAAAAUUGAAGCCGAUAUGAUGAAACUCCAGACGCAGAUCACGUCCAUGGAGAGCAACUUAAAGACCAUCGAGGAGGAGAACAAGCUGAUAGAACAGAACAACGAGAGCCUGCUGAAGGAGCUGGCGGGGCUCAGCCAGGCCCUCAUCUCCAGCCUUGCUGACAUCCAGCUCCCGCAGAUGGGGCCCAUCAGUGAGCAGAAUUUCGAGGCGUAUGUCAACACGCUCACAGACAUGUACAGCAACCUGGAGCGGGACUCCUCGCCGGAAUGCAAAGCUCUGCUGGAGAGCAUCAGGCAGGCGGUCAAGGGCAUCCACGUGUAGACCGCAGCGCCCCAGCCCCGGGGAGCCCUGCCAGCCUCACAGACGCACCUGGGGGGGCUCCAGGCCGCCCGGGCAGGCAGUGGCCAUACUGCAUUUACAAUUGCAACAUUGCACUAAUUUAUCCCCCCCCAGCUGACGUGAAAAGGAAAGAAAAACUAUGAUAGACUCUUUGGAUGAAAAAGCAAUGCAGUCAAAUAUUAGAUCUUAUUUAUUUUCAUAUGUUUUCCUUUUAUUCCUUCAUUGCACUCUUUUGGGUUUUUUUUUUGUACAGUAUAUGUAAAAUAAAUGUGACAUUUUUAUAUUUUAUUUAUUUCUAAUCAAAGAGUUUUUUAUCUUUUAACUGCAUUUUGAAGUCUGCCAUAUUUUUACAAGUGUGUUUAUUAAUUUAUUUUCCAAUAGAAUUUAAAUAUUAGAAAUGCUAUUCUCAAAUCACAUAUCUGGCUGGGUUUAAAGGAGAAGACAAAAAAAAAUAUGAAGGAAAAUCCUUGUCUAAGGACUGCACUGUGGUCCAGUUUAAUUUUUAUUGCACACUCUACCCCCCCACCCCCAACCCCUUUCACGAGCUUUGUGUUUAUGAACGGGCUUGGGUAAAACGUGUGGAGGGGCACAAGAUAAAAGGCACUCACUCACAGGAUGUGUGUCCUACAGAAGCACAGUGGACUGAAAACCAGCCUGUUUCAAAUUUGUUAGCAAUAAUUAAAUAGAGCAAUCAGCAAAGUAUUCGACUUCGCUGUCUGGUUUCAGUUCAUAUGAAGUAUUUAUUUGAAAUUAUUUCAAGAAACAAGCUUUUUAGCGAUGCAGGUUUGUCUAUUUGUUUUUCAGGUUACACCAGAUAGUUGGCAGCUCUUACCCCAAGACGAGAAGUAAGACUCGAUGUGACUGGCCAGGCUUUCCUGCCACUUGUUGGUACAAUACACAAGGGACAGUGUUGUAGAUUUGUACUUAGCAAAUGUAAACGCACCCACAUGGAAAACUGUGUAGAUACCAUAUCCCCCUGAAAUAGCAUUUAUCUUACUGGGUUGACUGGAAAGGAAUGGAAAAUACAGUCACACAAGCAAGAAUGGUACCCGGAUCUGAGUCACUGCUUUAAACACUGGCAACAUUGUCUCAGCCUCCUGAGGCAAACAGACAGCUUUUGAUUUGACAAAAGUCUUUCUGCAGACAGAGGCGUGCUGCAAAGUACAGACACUCACACCCACAGGCACACAGACACGCUCACCGACGCGAGAUUGAGCCUUCGAUCUCGAGUUUCUGGAUGGAUCAGAGGGUAGUAGUUACUAUAGGAAAGGCGAUGUCUAUUUCAGGGAUUGUAAAGUAGUUAAGCAUUGUUUCAAAAGUUUUUUUAUAUUUAUUUUUUUUAAGAGAAAGGUAUAGACAACCAGCUAAACUGCCUUUUUGCUGUGCACACACCCUGGGUGUGCGACGUGCCUCUGUGUAAAUGGGCUUGAUUUCUGUGCUGUAACAAAGUGUUUAUUUUUCUUAGCAACAUGGAUGUGUAUGUGGACUGGAUGCCAUGGUGCUCGCAGGCUUGCUGUUUUCCACUGUUGUUACCGUUGCUGCACCAGCUGAAGCGCCAUGCGCAGUAAUCCCCCCACCACGACACUAGUCACUGUUCUGUAUGAAGUGGGGCUUAUCUUUGGUUUGGCGUUCAUUGAAAUCCUUGACUCUUAGUCUAGUGAAAAUGAGAUGUCAGUUCUUAGGUAGGAGCGGUGAGUAUUUAAAAAUCAACUUUAAGAAAAAAGAGCUAACGCGUGUGCUGUCUAUUAUAAACGGGACACCAAACGAAAUUUUCUAUUAAAGUUAUGUAUUUACAAACAUUUUGCUAUACAGUCCUCGAUAGAUGCAUACAAAUGAGUUCACUUAUUACAAAGACAAAGGUUUAAUUUGCUAAAUAUUUUAACGAGUUUGUUAUAUAUUUUAUUUAAUUUAAAAGAAAUCUCUUACACCAACCUAUGUAUUUAUUACCAUAAUUUACUGCAAUUCAGGUUCGUUGAUUUGUGUUUGCGUAGUUUGAACAGGAUGGUUUUGUGAAGGAUGUUUGUUUUUAUUUGCCUCCUUUGUACUUGGUCUGUUUUGUAACGUGCACUGAAUUUUUGUUUCUUUCCAUGAUGUUAAUGAUCGAUACUGUAAAUUGGGUCUUUUGUAAACAAACAAACAAAAAAAGCAAUGAUGUAUGCAUUUUUUUUAAUUUGAAGUAGUUUGUACACCGUUU